GCCACGCUAACGUGCAGACUAUUGCUAGCCGUUGCGUUAAGACCGUGGGCGACUGCACCUAGGUGCUGACUUCUUAACGCAUCCACAUCUCUACUUGUACGUUCUCCAUUUCAGUGCACUCUCUUUGUCGCCUAGAUUCGAGCUCGCCCGAGGUGGGCACCCAGAAUGUCUGGAGGACGUGGCAGAAUUCUCGAUGGUGUGACGAUCACCUUCCUCGUCCUGACGUGGAUUGUGGUGCCGCUUCGAGUCUACACCAGAACCUUGAUUAGAAAGAGUUUUGGAUGGGAUGAUGUAUUCGCAGUAUUGGCUUUUUGCGUUAACAAUGGCUUGUCCGCGUGGGCGAUGUAUGGCACGCAUUAUGGUGUUGGACAACAUAUAACCGACUUGCCUCCAUCGAGGGUUGCAGGUGCAUUAAAGGGAUAUUAUGUCUCUGAGCUUCUAUAUGUCACGACGACUUGUCUCAUCAAGGUCUCGUUCAGCUUGAUGUUGUUGCGCAUUACUGAUAAGCGCUGGAUUAGCUGGGGCGUCUGGAUUGUUAUUGCAAUCACAGUCGGUUUCUCAGUUUUCUACUUCUUCUUUAUUAUGUUUGCGUGCGAGCCUAUUCAAUUUUUCUGGACAAAAGCACUCGGGGUCACUGAUGGGCGCUGCCGAGAUCCAGUGGCGAUGACCAGAGCAACUUAUGCCCAUGGCGCUGUCAUGACGUUCGGUGAUAUCACACUUGCAAUUCUUCCUCUCUUCGUGGUUCGAAGCUUGCAGAUGUCGCAGAGGCAAAAGAUCUCGGUAUUCAGUCUUCUUGCGCUGGGCUCGGUAACAUGCGUUGCUACAAUCGCCCGUUUACCAGAGGUGCAUAACUUGGCCAACGCCGACUUUACGUACGACAAUCUGGUGAUAGCCGUUUGGUCUAUCGUGGAGGCCAACGUUGCAAUUAUCGCUACUUCAAUCGCUACUUUACGACCCCUGCUAACAAAACUGGGUGUGAUGGACUCAACAGUCGCUUCUUCGCAUAAUCAAAGUACUCAAAGGAGCUAUAGAAUGCGCAACAUUCAUAAAGGAGUUGAAGCUAGCAUUAGUGAAGAAGACCGGCUUUACGACCAAUACUAUCCUGGUCGAACCAUGCCACCACAGUCGAAAUCAUACAGAAUGAUGGGAAUAGGAUAUCCCAAAGAUUCCGUGAAAGUCCCUUCAACAGCAUCUUGAAAGGGUACGUUUCUCCGGAGCUUGGGUCUAGAUGUGCUGGGGAACGUGAUAUAGUUUUCGGUGUAAUGAGGCGGUAUCUUUGAAACUUGACUUCAGCUGCUAGGGCAAACUAUGAUAUGCUGAGGCCAUAUCAUUAGCCAAUUUCAUAUCCUUGGUCGAAAUGCUGGAGGUGGAGGUGGCAAGAGGAAAAAACAAUUGCACAGAAUUUGGACUUCGCGUGAAACCGAACUAUACGACGAACAUGUUUAGAUCGUGCGGCACAGGCCUGCUGCACCAUGACAUUUAGAACGGAGAUAAAUAAAUGAAUUAAUUCAUGUUAACU